AUGCUCUUUGACUUGCUUGUCAAUGGUUGGAUUGCAGCUGCACAUCCAGAAGAACAUGCUGGUCACAUGGUUGCUGCAAAAAAUGGUGAAAAUGCCAAAGCCAUCCUUUCUAACACUGUUGAAUAUGUUGGUCAGAGUGUCAAGAUCUUGCUUGCAGCAGCCAAUCUUGGAUAG